UCACAAAGCAGUAGCAAGUGGCAGUGUGCUUCACUGUUUUGCUCGACGUAAGCUGAUUAUAAUAUUACGCCUGCCGUUCAUAUGGCAAGCAAUUGCUAGCCUUCAUCUUGCUUUCAUCCAACAUGUUCAUCCUAAUUGGGAUGGCCGUCCUGAUCGGAUUAGGGACCGCGGCGAAUGCAAAAUAUUUGAAGCUGUUCCAGGAGGCGCGAUAGGUUGCAUGUAGUAGGUUGCGUUAAGCAUCUGUAAAUGACAGUUUGUUUGCAGGACGCGCCGAAGAUGACUUCCAGCACUGGCUCGAAGUCGCGGAACCGCCGGGGCCGCAACGGCGGCGGCUGCGGCGGAGGCGCGGACGCAGGCCAAUUCGCCGCGGACGCGGCCCAGCAGCGCGUGCAGGCCGUGCCGAGGCCGCUGCAGUCCUCGGCGUACCAGGCGCCGGCGCCGCAGCUCCCGCAGUACCUCUGCCAGAUGAUGCCCACGAUGGAGGCCGCCAUGCCCCUGGGCACGCUGGGCGCGCCCCCCUACGGCGGCCACCUCCUCGGCACGGGGCCGCAGUGGAACCCCUGCAUGGGCUACCACCAGCCGGCGCCUGUGGUCAUGGGCUCGCGAGGUGCCGCUCCCAUCCAUUUGCCGCCGCACGUGCCGCCGUACAUGGUCUUGCCGCAGCCCUCGAAUCCACCGCAGCCAGCGCCGCCUUACCAGAUGCAGUCGGAGUUCGCCCCGCUGCCUGGCUCGGACCUGCUGAUGAGGCACAUCCUGGAGCAGGAGAGGCUGGACGAGCAGAGGUCCGGGACGGUGGACCUCGCGAAGUGGCGCAAGAACUAUUUCAGGAAGGACAGAGGCUGGCGGACGCCGUCUUCCUUCGGGAGCCCUCCGGUGUCCGGCGCUCCCACCGCCGAGGGGACGCCCCAGUUUGUGGAGGC